AUGCCUGAGCCAGAUCAGCACAGCUUAAUAUUUUGGGACGGUUCAUCUGAGUUUUAUCCGUACUGUACAGUUAUUUGGCGUGAAGCAAUGGAGGAGCCAAAAAUCAUGGAUGAAUUUGGCGGAGAGGAGGCAAUGUGUAGAGCGCUAAUACGAGCUAUUCCGAUCAGACGGCGCGACAGAAUUGGUCCGGCAUUUAUGAAGCAAAUCUCGGCCAAUGAUUUUAAUGCAAUAGCCCUUCUGGAUGAACUCGAUAGAAAGUUUAUCAUACAUGAAGAACAAGAUGCAUUCUUCAAGCCCUUUGAAGUGCCUGAAGAUCAGUUAAGGAGGAUAGUCAAACGUAACUAA